GCGGGUGGGGGAGCGAAAUCAGGCGAUCGCCAGCAAGUCCAGGCAGGUUCCGACCGUCGUCGCCCUCGUACGUCAGUCGGCAGCGUCGGAGCGGUGUCGGAGCCAAGUGUUGGGCAUGUCGCCGAGACUGAUCAAGAUGCCGCGACUGCAAGUGCUGGGCAUGUCGCCGAGAAGACCAACAAGCAGUACUAGCUCUGAGUUCCCCAAAUGGCUGACUCCAACGGCAACGGCAUGCACCACAAGGAGGAUGAUGGCCUCUUCACCGACUCCGGCCCCGUCCUCCCCGACUCCUGGUCGUGGCCCUGUGCACGAUAGCGCCCUCCCUCUUCCACUUCUACUACCUACUGUUGCUGCUGUUGCUGAUUGGUCUAUGCACGGUACAAUGGGAGCAAGCUCAUCCUCCUCAAUCCCUAGCUACUACACGAUUGCCGGGGUGCAUUCUCCCUAUAGUUCCUGGAGCAUCUGGACCUCUUAUUGUAGUAGCUGGUGAAGUGCGAAUCCAAGGCCGAAGCUGUGAAGCAUAUCAACAAAGAGUAGCAUAUUAUGUGUUGUAAUUGUAGGCAAAUCUGGUUUGUAGUAUACUGUAACAAUUGUAAUAGACUAAUGUAGUUGUUUUGGACAAUUUCAUUUGCUCAUGGUCUGUUCAAAAUAAUGAUUGUGUAUGUGAUUUGAAUACCCGUGAAAUGGAAACCUGACAAGAGGGUCCAAGUUAUAAUGGUUGUUUCACAAAUUCCGAAAUUUCUGACGUGUGGGACAAAUUUUGAGAUAAGCAUGACAUGUGGGGCUUUGCUUACUAGUGGUACCCCAAUAUAUAAUGGCUGAAACUAGAAAAUCAACGGACUAAAAAGGCCACGGCCCAAAAAUAAAAGGCUAAA